CGCGUUGAGUGAAGAAAGCGGGAGUCUAGUUUUCUUGCAAUCCGUUCCUCAUCUCCCUCUUUGGCGGCUUCCGACGCCAGCCCCGCUUCGAGAGACCACGACAUGCUCCAAGGCGGGCAGUGACUGUCCUCCCCGACGGGAGGGGGGAAGUUCCAAAUGGGGGAGGAGGGGUCCGAGGGCACCGUGCAUCUGCUGUGCCUCGCGGCCUCCAGCGGGGUUCCCCUGUUCUGCAGGAGCAGCCGUGGCGGCGCCCCAGCUCGCCAGCAGCUCCCUUUCUCUGUCAUCGGUUCCCUCAAUGGAGUCCACAUGUUUGGGCAGAAUCUCGAGGUGCAGCUGACCUCUGCGAGGACCGAGGACACGACCGUGGUGUGGAGAAGCUUCCAUGACAGCAUCACCCUCAUCAUUCUGUCAUCAGAGGAGGGCACCUCGGAGCUGAAGCUGGAGCGUCUCCUCCAGAUGGUGUUUGGGGCUAUGGUUCUUCUGGUGGGACUUGAAGAGCUUACCAAUAUCCGCAACGUGGAGAGGCUGAAGAAGGAGCUGAGGGCCAGUUACCGCCUCAUUGACAGCUUCCUGGGGGAUUCGGAGCUCAUUGGGGACCUGACUCAGUGUGUGGACUGCGUGGUUCCUCCAGAGGGGUCCCUCCUGCAGGAAGCCCUCUGUGGGUUUGCUGAGGCCGCCGGCACAGCCUUCGUGAGCCUGAUUGUGUCGGGCCGGGUGGUAGCAGCCACGGAGAGCUGGUGGCGACUGGGGACGCCCGAAGCUGUGCUGCUGCCCUGGAUGGUGGCGUCCCUGCCGCCGCAGGCCGCCCGCGACUACCCGGUGUACCUGCCGCACGGGAGCCCCACGGUCCCUCACCGGCUUCUGACCCUGACGCUGCUGCCGGGCUUGGAGCUGUGUCUGCUCUGCGGGCCGCGGCCUCCCCUCAGCCAGCUGGAUCCACAGCUCCUGGAACGCUGGUGGGUGCCUCUGCUGGAGCCACUGAGAGCCUGCCUGCCGCUGGGACCCCGGGCACUGCCCGGGGGAUUCCCCUUACACACCGAUGUGCUCGGUUUGCUGCUCCUUCACCUGGAACUGAAACGUUGUCUGUUCACGGUGGAGCUCUCCUCCGAUAAAGAACCUUCUCCUGAGCAGCGCCGGCGCCUCCUUCGUUCCUUCUACUCCCUGGUCACAGCCACACACUUCCCACCAGAGCUGGGGCUGCUGGAUGAGAAGGCUGAGGACACAGCCCCCCAGGCUCAGGUGCCGCGAGCCUGCUACCUGGUGUCGGGCACCGAGGAACCAGACUCGGGAUGUCGGCUGGUGGCCCUGCAGCUGUGGCCCCGGCGACUGCUGCUGCUCCUGUCUCCCCAAGCCCCCACACACGGGCUGCGGGGCCUGGCCACCCGCACGCUGCACAGCCUUACACCCCUGCUCUGACGGCGCGGGGCUGUUAGC